GACUGCAAAAUUGGGGACUUGUUUAUAAACAACUUCUUUAUGAAAUUAAAUGUUAUAUAUAAGAAAUAAUCGUUGUCUCGAAUGAAGUCCUCGAGAAGUCGACGAUGAAUAGUUCCAAAUUCACGUACACAGAUAUGCUGACUUUGAGGCCAGAGUGGGACCUGGCGGCCUCGGUUCCUCGGCCCAAGGGCGCGAAUCUCCCCCAUGGCCUGCCUCUGUGGAACAAGAAGCCUCUGAACUCUAAGUUACCUCUUCUGGCAGGACCCUCCGGUCCAAUUGUCUUCACUAGGGGUAAACUCGGCGAACAGCUUUGGAAGAGCGCCCCUGGCAGCCACUUCAGGCUGAGUGAUCCCUACAGUCGAGAAGUCAGGUUCGAUUACGAGCCGGCUCAUGACAAACACCUGAGGAACUGGCUGCGGCGCUCGGACACCCUACAGACCCUCCGCCACCAGGAUCUCAUAACUCCUAAACUGCGAGUCAAGUGCUCCGUAGACCAAUACAACCUGUAUCGUCAGUUCUUGUACAAUCUCUACAGUGAUGCGCUCAGGAGGGAGGCUGAGGAGAGGGAAAACUCCAUUGUUGAAAAAAUGAUGCUCAAAAAGGCGUACCAUGAAGCAGAAAAGGAUGCAGCCAAAUGCAAAAGGUUUGAAGAUGCCAGCGCAAAACGACUCAGCAACCUGAAAAAUAUGGACAAGUUGCAAGCUCAAAGACUGGAAAAUUGCAAAAGACGUCUUCAAAGAAUAGUUGAUAGGGCAAAGGAUGCGGAAGAACGGAAACAGGAAGACUUGGCGCAGCGGAAAAAGAGAAUGGAAGCGUUUGAUAAGAGAAUCCAGAAGAGAAUCACUGCUGCCAACAACCUGGAGCGCAAGAACAAAAUCAAAGCAAUGAAAGCUUGGCACCAACAGGAUGUCGAGAAGAAAAGACAAUUUGAGCAAAGGAAACGUAAUCGAGAAUUGGAAAACAAGCAAAAGGCAGAAAAGAGGUGGAAAACAAAGGUAGAGGAACAGAACAAACAGAUAGCUAAGGAGACGUUUUUGAGAGAGCAAAGAAAGCAAAUUAAAGAGAAGUUCCAACAGGACUACAUGAAACGCAUGCAGAAGAAGUGGAUAAAAAUGGAAGAGGAGCUAAACAUCCGCAAGUGUGAGGGCGCUCUUGCCAAAGUCCGAGGUUUGAGGGAGAAGAGCAUCAAGGAGAUCAUGCACUCUGUUACCGAGGCUUACACGACCAGGAGGAGUUUGGUUAGACUAUCAAAAGAUGAAGGAGCUAUGGGGACACUGAAGGAACACAUAGAACAAAUCCUCAAGGAGAUUCGAUAUGAUCUUGAACCUUAUAUUGUGAUUGCUCACGCUAAAGCUCGGUUGGAGAGGCAAGAAAAUGUGCCACUGCCUGUAAGUGGUGCCAUUAAGUUCUUGCUAGAACAGUCAGUCGUGGAGUGGACAGCCAUACAGCUGACCCAGACACUCGAAACCACUGCGCAGAAGGUGCUAUCCGCAAUUGAUGACAUAAGAUUAUCGCCAACUACAAAUGAAAAUAAGUCCUUAAGCUUGAAGAAAUCCAGUGUGUCCAUGUUCCACAAAAAACAGUCCAUAACAUCUGAGAAGACAGCUCGCAUAAGCCAAGUGGAAGUGAUCCCAGUGCUGAAGAAUGUAGACGAAUUGACUGUUGACGUGGAACAGCUGCGCAGCACCAAGGAUCGGCCACCAACACCAAUGCCAUCCAUCACCACUUUGACUGAAGUCCUCUUCAAAGAGCCUAACAAAGAAGAGUUUGAAGAAGAGGAUUAUAGUGAGUUUCCCUUUAUAGAGCAGAAAAAGCUGAAGAUAACCAUUGGCGAAGUGUCCAAUAAGAUUUACCGCAUGAUACCAACCAGAGUCCGGACAGUGGUGGAGAGUCGAAGCUACGACCGGAUAUCUACCACAUCCUCGGACCCUGCCGAUAAUCUUCCAGAGAACAAGCCCGUGGCCAAGUUGUGUUCUCUUAUACUGUUUGAGGCAACAGUAAAAGAUCAUGUGCUUACAAAGAUUGUUGACCGGAUCAUCCUCAACUUCAUGCAAGACAUUGACCUGACGCCCUCAUACCUGAGACUGAAAAUACGCCAGAAGUUGGAGGCAGCCAAGCCAUAGAUAGAUUAAUACUUUGUUUACAAUUUGUCCUUUAUAAAUUAUUGAGUAAAUUAUUUUCGGGUGCAAAAGCUUAUUUCUUCAA